CUAUCUCAAUUAUCUGCAUCAUCCAUCACGUGACCUUUCUCAACUCUCUCUCUCUCUCUCGUUGCAGCAGCAGCAGCAGCAACCACCCAAAAAGGCAAAAACCCUUUCUUUGCAAUUUUCUUUUUUUCUUUUUGUAGUGAUUCUCUUCUUUCAGCUCAGUUUGUUUUGGUCUCGAGGAUACUUCAUUUUCUUUUCUAUCUCUUUAUACAAAAAGAGAAAGAGUGAGUGAGACAACAUAUAUAUAUUUUUUAAUUUUUGAGAGAGUUUGUGUGGAUAUAAAGGAAGAAAAUGCAGCAGCACCUGAUGCAGAUGCAGCCCAUGAUGGCAGCUUAUUAUCCCAACGUCACUACUGAUCAUAUUCAACAGUAUCUUGACGAGAACAAGUCAUUGAUCUUAAAGAUUGUCGAGAGCCAGAAUUCCGGGAAAUUGAGUGAAUGUGCUGAGAACCAAGCAAGGCUGCAGCGAAACCUCAUGUACCUGGCUGCAAUUGCAGAUUCUCAACCCCAACCUCCCGCUGUGCAUACGCAGUUUCCAACCGGUGGUAUUAUGCAGCCAGGAGCUGGACACUACAUGCAGCACCAACAAGCUCAACAGAUGACUCAACAAUCACUUAUGGCUGCACGGUCCUCGAUGUUGUAUGCUCAGCAACCAUUUUCUGCACUGCAACAACAACAACAAGCCUUGCACGGUCAGCUCGGCAUGAGCUCCGGCGGAAGCACAGGCCUUCACAGGCUGCAAACUGAUUCUAGCUCUGCAGGUGGCAGCGGAGCACUUGGGGGUGGAGGGUUUCCUGAUUUUGGACGCGGUGCUUCGGGUGAAGGUAUUCAUGGUGGCAGGCCAAUGGCAGGUGGAAGCAAGCUAGAUAUCGGGAGUGCAGGGUCAGUUGAAGUUCGUGGAGGAAGCUCCGGAGGUCAGGGUGGUGAUGGGGGUGAAACCCUUUACUUAAAAGCGACCGACGACGGCAACUGAAAGGUAAUGCUGGUUCGUCCUAUGGGUCUGUUUUAUCAUCGGAUUUAGGUGAGCCAGUUAAGAAGAUAAAUUUAGUAAACAAAGUCGGAAAGUGGUAUGUUUUUCAAGUGUGAGACACUGCAUCCUAUGGUAAUGUAACAUGUAAAUUUGUAGGGUCUCAUGCUUAAACUUUGCUUAAUUUUGUGUGUUUUACAUUUAAUGUGGUAUUUAUGACUGUUUGGACCA